UAUCAUUUCAUCCACUGGAUAAGACUAGAGACACAUCCUUUGGAGAUUUACCUGCAAAAGAGCAUCACAUUUUAAAACGUACAAUGGACUUCUGCUCUGGAUCACAGCAAGCCAGAAGCCACAGCUCAUGGAUCACCCUCUUCCUCCUGUGGUCAAUUCUCACCAUGUGCUGUAGAGUGGAGGGCUGGUCCUACCAUCACUCUAACAAAACUAUGGACUGGGACACUGCUAGAACGUGGUGCACGGAGCGCUACACUGACAUGGUGGCCAUCCAGAACCGCGGAGAGAUCUCCCACCUUAACAGCAUCCUGCCCAGACAGGACAACUAUUACUGGAUAGGGAUCCGUAAGGUGGACGACGUGUGGACCUGGGUGGGGACCAAGAAGACCCUGACUAAAGAGGCAGAGAACUGGGCAGACGGAGAACCCAACAACGGCGGGAACAACGAGGACUGUGUGGAGAUGUACAUCAAGAGACAGAAGGACGCGGGGAAGUGGAACGACGAGUCGUGUACGAAGAAGAAGACGGCUCUGUGCUACACAGCCUCGUGUCAGAGCCACUCAUGUUACCAUGGAGAGUGUGUGGAGACCAUCAACAGCCACCGCUGCGAGUGCUUGGAGGGCUUCUACGGAGAGCAGUGUGAACACGCUGUCGAAUGUAAGAUGGAGGAGGUAACUGUCCCUGAUAAAGCCAGCGUCAGUUGCUCUCACCCCAAUGGGAAUUUCUCCUUUAACUCGACGUGUCAGUAUUCCUGUGAGGAGGGGUACCGGCUGAGCAGCUCCGGGCCUGUGAGGUGCACAGCCUCAGGAUCAUGGUCGGAACAGCCUCCCACCUGUGAAUUGGUCUUAUGCAGUGAUCUGUAUGAGCCCGGGAAGGGUUCCAUGACCUGCUCUCAUCCCCUGGGCUCCUUCAGCUACCUGUCUACCUGUACCUUUACCUGUGAGGAAGGCUAUGAGAGGGUGGCCUCCAGAUCUGCUACCCUGCAGUGUGGAGCCUCGGGACUGUGGAACGACUCACAGCCGCAGUGUGUUGCUGUAAGCUGCCCUACCCUCCAGCAGCCACAGGAUGGCGCUAUCACCUGUGGAGAAGACUUCACCUAUGGAAGCAGCUGUAGCUUUAGCUGCUCUGAGGGUUAUCUCCUCCAGGGGGCGACAACGGUGACCUGCACAUCAACUGCUGAGUGGAGUGAGGAGAUACCGCACUGUGAAGUGGUCUUAUGCAGUGAGCUGUAUGAGCCUGGGAAGGGUUCCAUGACCUGCUCUCAUCCCCUGGGCUCCUUCAGCUACCUGUCUACCUGUACCUUUACCUGUGAGGAAGGCUAUGAGAGGGUGGCCUCCAGAUCUGCUACCCUGCAGUGUGGAGCCUCGGGACUGUGGAACGACUCACAGCCGCAGUGUGUUGCUGUAAGCUGCCCUACCCUCCAGCAGCCACAGGAUGGCGCUAUCACCUGUGGAGAAGACUUCACCUAUGGAAGCAGCUGUAGCUUUAGCUGCUCUGAGGGUUAUCUCCUCCAGGGGGCGACAACGGUGACCUGUACAUCAACUGCUGAGUGGAGUGAGGAGAUACCGCACUGUGAAGUGGUCUUAUGCAGUGAGCUGUAUGAGCCCGGGAAGGGUUCCAUGACCUGCUCUCAUCCCCUGGGCUCCUUCAGCUACCUGUCUACCUGUACCUUUACCUGUGAGGAAGGCUAUGAGAGGGUGGCCUCCAGAUCUGCUACCCUGCAGUGUGGAGCCUCGGGACUGUGGAACGACUCACAGCCGCAGUGUGUUGCUGUAAGCUGCCCUACCCUCCAGCAGCCACAGGAUGGCGCUAUCACCUGUGGAGAAGACUUCACCUAUGGAAGCAGCUGUAGCUUUAGCUGCUCUGAGGGUUAUCUCCUCCAGGGGGCGACAACGGUGACCUGUACAUCAACUGCUGAGUGGAGUGAGGAGAUACCGCACUGUGAAGUGGUCUUAUGCAGUGAGCUGUAUGAGCCCGGGAAGGGUUCCAUGACCUGCUCUCAUCCCCUGGGCUCCUUCAGCUACCUGUCUACCUGUACCUUUACCUGUGAGGAAGGCUAUGAGAGGGUGGCCUCCAGAUCUGCUACCCUGCAGUGUGGAGCCUCGGGACUGUGGAACGACUCACAGCCGCAGUGUGUUGCUGUAAGCUGCCCUACCCUCCAGCAGCCACAGGAUGGCGCUAUCACCUGUGGAGAAGACUUCACCUAUGGAAGCAGCUGUAGCUUUAGCUGCUCUGAGGGUUAUCUCCUCCAGGGGGCGACAACGGUGACCUGUACAUCAGCUGCUGAGUGGAGUGAGGAGAUACCGCACUGUGAAGUGGUCUUAUGCAGUGAGCUGUAUGAGCCUGGGAAGGGUUCCUUGACCUGCUCUCAUCCCCUGGGCUCCUUCAGCUACCUGUCCACCUGUACCUUUACCUGUGAGGAAGGCUAUGAGAGGGUGGCCUCCAGAUCUGCUACCCUGCAGUGUGGAGCCUCGGGACUGUGGAACGACUCACAGCCGCAGUGUGUUGCUGUAAGCUGCCCUACCCUCCAGCAGCCACAGGAUGGCGCUAUCACCUGUGGAGAAGACUUCACCUAUGGAAGCAGCUGUAGCUUUAGCUGCUCUGAGGGUUAUCUCCUCCAGGGGGCGACAACGGUGACCUGUACAUCAGCUGCUGAGUGGAGUGAGGAGAUACCGCACUGUGAAGCUAUCCAGUGCCCCUCUCCUGUGGCUCCUCUGGGGGGUCAGGUCAGCUGUGAGGCCCCCUCACAUCCAUGGGGCUCUGUCUGCAACUUCAGCUGUGAUAAGGGCUAUGACCACAAGGGGGCCCCGAACAUGCAGUGUUCAGGGUCAGGGGAGUGGAGCGCUGACACGCCUACCUGCACAGCCACCCCUGAGCCCCCGUUGAACCCCACUAUCAUAGGCCUGGCAGCAGGGGGCGCUGUGUCAUUAUCUGGCCUGUCUCUGGCCGCAUGGCUCCUCAAACGAAUCAGACAGAAAGCUAACAAGUUUGAUCUGAACAGCACCUCAGACAUUGAGGAACCUUUACAGACCUACAGGAACAGCAUUGACAGCCUCAUAUAGAGAUCAACAACAACUGCAGGAACAGGCUUGCUCUGUUUUCAAAGAAGAUCUGCUGGUCACACCUGGAUCACAGUUCCUCAGUAUUGUAAUGUAGUAGGUUAGAUAGCCUUGAAUCGUCUGACUGGGAGAGAGAUGCUACGUUGAGUAUACAGAAUCAUCAGUUCUCUUGAUGGUCCUACAGAAAAUGUUUUUUCUCCCUGAGGGAGUUUUAUAUUGAACAAAUUGUUCACCACUGGCUGGUAUAUGACCACAAGUGGUCACAUUUCUUAUGAUACUGAUUUUGACAGCUAUUGAAUACAAACUACAGAAAGUUGUAUAUUGUAUUCCACUGUAUAAUUAUUUGUAUUAUCUUAAAUAUAUUUUUAUGUUUUUACAAAACUGUGAAACAAUGCCUUUCAGUAUUUAAGUGCUAUUUAUUUGUGUGUUUCAGAAUUAAAUUUGAUGUAGAAAAAGUGUCUUUUUAAAUAUA